AUGAGCAAGGAGUAUGCGGGUGAUACACCUGAUUGGAUGCAGGAACAGGCAGCUGAGUAUACGGAUUUAGUAGGAAGUUUUGUCGAGUCGGUUGUGGAUUCCAAUACCGAUGAAAUGAUUGAGUAUCAACUCAUUUGGGAAGGAGGUGAUUUGGGUGUAGCACUUACAACUAUUGAAAGUGGAGACGGAGGUGUUGCUGUGAGUCGUGUUACGGGUAAAGGAUUUCCCUUUGGUAUUAAGAAUGUUGGACCGGGGGAUUUGUUGCUCUCUAUUAAUGUAAAGGAUACGACAAAAAUGAAUCUGGACGAUGUUGUGGCUUAUUUACAAGUAUGUGAUCUACCGGCUACACUUCGAUUUAAGAAGAUCUCACCAGUAGUAGACAAUGUUCCCGUCUCAGUGCCUAGGAAGAGCACGUACGUUAUCACGACUGGUAAUGCACAAGGCCCUACUAGCCCCAUGGGUUCCUCGGCUCCUUUAUCGUACCCUCAUGGCUCAAGUGCGUACGCACCGCCGCAUCCGGAUCGUGCCUCGAUGCCUGUGCACACAAUACCGUCAGAAUUUCCAGAGCCCCCAGUGCCAUCUCUGCGCCAAAGUGCCAUGACGCCAAUGACAAAGUCGGCUGCCCCCGAGCCUCUUGCAUUCAACGAUCACGAAGAAUUUACACCCGACGAAGAUCUUAAGCUGGAUCCUAUGGCAGCGGCCAGCUCUCAGCCGGAGGAGGAUCUUCGCGAUUUAGACGGUUUGGUUCUCACGGCAGGUGUGAACGACCUUGGCUUUGAAGAUGGGUCAAUACGUGCAUCACGCGAGUCACGUGACUCGUGGCGUGAUGACAGCUUUGAUGUUGAUGCCGGUUGGGAUGUCGACGAGGAGGAAAAGAAAGACACGCAAGGUGUUGCACCAAACGAGAAGCGAAGCAAAGAGCGGUUCCAGCGCAACAAGAGUGGUUCGACAGUUGCGAUGCUUGGACAUUUCUCCGUUGAAACAAAGGGAGAUGCCGUACCAAUUCUUCCUGAUGCUGAGGAGGCGACGGGUAUUGCCGCAGUUGACAACGUGAGUGAUUUCUCGUCUGAAAAUCGCCAUGCGUCACCUCCUCACGCAAGUGGCCAAGUGCGUCCAUCAGACAUGUCAUCUAGCUCGAUGUCGUCUUCGAUGAGUUCAUCCAUGAACAACACGGAUGCACCACGGCCUUCGGUCCGCGUAACCAUGGAUAGCACGGCUCCGCUUGUGAAGAGCCACCCAAUCGGUGCUCUACACGAAAUGUGUGCGAAAGGCAACCUUCGCGGCGUGGUGCAGCACUUACGUGUGGACGGCCCCGAGGCCCUGUUGAAUCGGGAGCCGAACCACGGCCAAACGGGCUUGCAUCUUGCGGUAAAGAGUGGCAAGGCGCCGCUAGUGAAGGUGAUUUUGGAGCAGUACAAGCCGAUUGAGGACAUUAUCAAUGUUGAGGACGACAAGGGCAACACAGCGCUGCACUUUGCAGCCACGAAGACACCAGCUAUCGUGCACCUACUUUUGGAGAACGGUGCAAGUGCGAACGUAAAGAACAGCCGGAAGUUUACACCACUGAUCAUUUCGGUGAUCACGUCAAAGGACGAUAGCGUGAUCAUCCCUCGUAUGCUCCUCAAAUACGGUGCCAAUCCGAACGACAUGCACGACAGCCACACGGUUAUUCAUACUGCUAUCAGUACGGGACGAUUGAAUAUUGCUGGUGCACUCGUGCGAGCAGGAGCUAAAAUGGACGUUGAGGACGCCGAGGGCAAGAGCGUGUUUGAAAAGCUGCGCCGGAAGGACCUUCGGUACCUGAUUUCUCACAUUUACUUCCCACCCACUCACAUUACGAAGAAGGAGCGUUCCGAGUGCAUGCUGUGUCAUCAAAAGUUCAAGUUUGGGUACCGUGAGCACAAUUGCACGCACUGCGGCCGUCUCUGUUGCGCCGAGUGCUCUGCACUACACGUUGAAAUGUUCCGAUUUCCAAUGGGUUUUCCCGGUCGCACUCGUCGUGGUGCAGCGAAUCGUGACCAGAAACGCGUGUGUAAGACAUGCUACAAUGUGUUUAAGGAACGCAACGAGGAGCCAGAGAAGAGCGACGUGUCGAAGUUUAUUAGUCGUGUGAUUAAUAUCGAGUGGGACGAAGUGAAUCCGGAGAAAUUGCUAAAGGAACAAGAAGCAAGUCGUCGUGGAGAUAAGUGA